ACAAUGUACUUAAACUGGAACAGCCAUUGAGGUAGCUGGGAGUUGUCGUUCAUUACACUGUCCUAAUUGAGACACAAUUUUCUUUCCUCUUUGUUAGUUAUAGCAGUAUGAUUGCUGUUGCUAAUGGAAACAACAUUGGUACUACUCCGGCGCCUGUCGGGAAACCAUUUUCCCGCCGCCGCUGCCACUACUCUUACUUUCCCUGUCUUAUUAAGGAAAUGGGAAGUAAAAUGGAUACGAGGAGAGUGAUUCACAGCAUGAAGCUUGGACUUGCCCUGGUGUUUGUUUCCCUCGUCUAUUUGAUCAAUUCUAUGUUCAAACAAGUCGGAGAAAAUGCCAUGUGGGCUAUCAUGACUGUCGUCGUUAUGUUCGAGUUCCAUGCAGGUGGUACAUUAGGGAAAGGCAUAAACCGUGGAAUUGGAACGGUGUUAGGUGGUGUGUUGGGGUGUUUGGCUGCAAUUUUAGGGGAUGAAAUUGGUGGGAUUGGCAAGCCUGUUAUCAUUGCUUUCUCACUCUUUCUCUUUGGCGCGGCCGCAACAUAUUGUAGGCUGAUCCCAAGAAUGAAGAAGAGAUACGACUACGGAUUCAUGAUCUUCAUCCUAACCUUCAGCCUGGUGGCGGUCUCCGGCGUGCGGGCGGAGAAUGUGCUCGAAACUGCACGGGACCGCCUGGCAAACAUCGGAAUCGGGUUUGCGGUGAGCGUGUUUGUCAGCCUGCUCAUCUGUCCCUUUUGGGCAAGUAAUGAGCUUCACUACUCCACAGCUUCUAAGUUUGAUAAACUCGCCAAUUGCAUCCAAGGAUGUCUGGACGAAUAUUUGAAGAUGAGCAGUGAGAAGGAAAACGAAGCAGGAAAUGGAAAGGGGUAUGUCCAAGAUUGCAAGUCAGUUUUGAACUCUAAAUCCAGCGAUGAAUUACUGGCAAAUAAUGCGAAAUGGGAACCUUGGCAUGGGAAAUUCGGAUUUUACUAUCCAUGGGAACAGUACUUAGUGGUUGGAGAGCAUCUCAGAGAACUUGCUGCCACUCUUCUUUCUUUAAAAGCAUGCCUUCAAUCCCCAAAACAGCCACCGACCAUGAAAAGGCAGAUGCUGAAGGAUCCCUGUGAAAGUUUCGCGCUAUCGAUUGGAUGGGCAAUGAAAGAGCUUGGAGAGAGCAUUGAGAAAAUGGAGUUAUGUCCAAGCAAGGUUUCCUUAACUCCAAAAUUACAAUCCCUGAAAUUACAAAUGAACCCUCCAUUCUCCUCUUGCAAGAUGGAAGUUCUUGAAACUGAUGAAAAUCUUGCUAUCACCAGCUUCAAUUUCUUGUUGUUGGAGAUUGUGGAGAAGGUUGAGACAAUAGCCAAGAAGGUGGAGGAGUUGGGGGAAGUAGCAAAUUUCAGAGCUAGGAAGAUUGAUGUAUAGGAUGACUAUUCCGGAUUGUAAAUACUUGAGGAAUUAAUUUUUAACAUCAUACACAUUUAUAAUAAUUUGACUGUGGUGUAAUAGUGAUAAAAUUUGUAAGACAUAUAUAACUUAAAAUGGAAGUUUAUAUAAUUUCAAUAGUCAAUAGGAGGAUAGUGUAAUUGAUCGCCUGGCAGCCGACCAAGAAGUAGUAACCUGGGGAGGCUGGAAGAGAGUGCGGCGAC